AUGUCUAUCACAGAAGACAAGAUCGAUUUGGAACACCCUAAUAGCCCAAUUUUCUUCUUGCCAGACAUCGAGACCUGGCCCGUCCUUGAGAUUAGAGAGUGGGUCCGACAGCUUUUGGAAACGGAGGACUACGCACACCUCGAUGUCAUGCGUGACAACAACGAUUGA